AUGCAGCCCCGCCGGCACCCGCCGCCCGCGCCCCGGCGAGGGGCCCCGCGCCCCCCGCGCCCCGCCGCCCGGCUGCUGGCGCUGCUGGCGCUGCUGCUCGGCCUCCAGGCGACGGCGGUGCCCGUGGGCGCCCAGCGCGGACUCCUGCAGCAGGCGGCCCGCGCGGCGCUGCACUUCUUCAACUUCCGCGCAAGCUCGCCCAGCGCCCUGCAAGUGCUGUCGGCGGUGCAGGAGGGCCGCGCGUGGGUGAACCCAGAGAAGGGCUGUAAGGUGGAGCUGGUGUUCAGCACAGAGCGCUACAAUCCACAGACAUCAGUGAUAUUAAUUUCAAAAUUUUUAUUUCAGGAGGGGGAGGAACGUCUGGGGAAAUGUUCCGCUCGAGUGUUUUUCAAGAAUCAGAAACCCAGACCAGCCAUUAAUGUAACUUGCAUUCGGCUCACUGAAAAAAAGACAAGACAACAAGAGGAUUACCUGCUUUACAAGCAAAUGCAGCAGCUUAAAAGCCCCUUGGACGUGGUCAGCAUACCUGACAGUCAUGGAAAUAUCGACCCUUCCCUGAGACCCAUGUGGGACCUGGCUUUUCUUGGCAGCUCGUAUGUGAUGUGGGAAAAGACAACUCAGUCCUCACACUACAACCUCGCACAGCUCAGUGCUGUGAAGCAGUGGAAAACAAAUGACGGUGCAAUUGAUUUCGAUUAUACUGUCCUACUUCAUGAAUUCUCAACACAGGAGAUCAUUCCGUGUCAUAUCCACUUGGUCUGGUCCCCUGGGAAACCACUCCGAGUGAACUACAACUGUCAAGAGCUCCAGCUCCCAGAAGGAUCUGGAACUGAAGAAGGAUCGGCUGUGGCACCAACACAGCUCAGCAGCUUCUAAAACGCAAACUAGGAUCUGCUCCUAGAUGCUAAACCAAAUGACUCUAGAUAGUUCCGCAAGCCCCACUGUAGUUCUAGUACAAGAGUCAAAGUAAAGGCAUUGCAGUAAAUUGAGACAGCCAGUAAUUACAAGCAAAAGCUCAAACUGAAACCUGCUGGGGUUUGGUUUAACGGGUCUGCUGUAGUUCUGAGCUCGGGCAGCACGUGCAUACUGACCUCUGACCUCUGCGCAGUGCUGACCGCUGGCAGCAGCUUCCUCCGCGUGCAGCCCUGGAGAGCAGCCAGUGGCCGCCCGUGCUGCAAUGAGCUGACUCUGAACCUGAAAUUUAUAUCACUUUGAAUACAGCUUACAGUGAACUACUUUGUUACUAAAAU